AGGAAACGGAGAUUGCUCGGUGUGUCGCGUUGUGUCGCGUUGUGCAGCGUCGCGGCGCGUCUCGUCGUUUCGUGUCGCGUCGCGUCGGUUCGAGGGCAAAUCUAGUAAGCUAGGACAGGAGCUAUUAAUAACUGUUUAGGGUGCCGUACCUGGCCGCCGCGCGGUGCCUUCGGCGCGUCCGCGUCUCUAUACGCGCGUCUCGACGACCGGCGUCUCAGUGUCGUCGCGACGACGAACGUUGUAUCUAUCGUUCCGCUAUCGAUGGACUAGAUCGCGACCAAAAUCUUGGCGAACAGAGGCUGCAGCUCAAUCCGACACCCGAAUCGUCAUUUUAACAGCACCUAUCUACUCCAGAUUUUAACUGCAGCAACUCUCGUAAGCGAAAUUUGCGGGGAGAUAUUUAGGAUCUUCCUUGACACUGCGAGGAGAAAUAUCUUCUUCGUUGCUAAAAGUAAGAAUAGAAUUCACUUGCUCGCGGAGAUCCGCAGAUCCGGAGAAUGAUUAGUCGUCGAGUGAGCCCCAAAGCACCCCAAACCACGUGUCCACGUGGUGGUAGUGUGGUCCGUAAAAGUUAUGUUUAUGUGCCAAUAUCGAACGAUUGACAGGCAAUUAAUAAGGCGAAAGGACGCGAGAGCGAGUAUAUUGCCGGAGAGCAAAGUGUCAGCGUGUCACAAGUGAGAGGAUGCUUAGAUCAAUCGAAUAAUUAGAAAGUACGCGAGGAAAAGACAAAGACACAAAAAAUGCGCACGGGCGCGCGUGCCGAGUAAUUAGCAUGAAGAAUUCGUGCUUUCGAUUCGCUACCGUACACAUCGCUCGAUCUUGGGAGCCAAAUAGCGAGAAGGAGCCGAUCGCUUCUUGAGAACACGAGUCCGGCUGGUACAGAUGAGGCCGCGAACGAUCUCCGUAACUGCGACCUGGAGAGGAGGUAUCGAGGUAUUCGCAAUCGUUACCGCGAGGGUUGCUGUUUCUGACGGCUGGACGCUGACAGGAGGGGCGGACAGACGAUAGUGUGUUACAGCAGCUGCAGUGUUUGCCAAUACUCGAUGGAUGAGUUCCAUCCAUUUAUUGAGGCGCUUCUACCGUUUGUGAAGUCUUUCUCGUACACAUGGUUCAACCUACAAGCCGCCAAGAGACGAUACUAUAAGAAACACGAAAAGCGGAUGAGUUUGGAAGAAGAACGCCAGUGUAAAGAAGAACUUCAGAACGAGAAGCUGGAAGUAAAGCAAAAAUGGGCCUCGCGGCUUCUCGGCAAGCUACGGAAGGAUAUCACGCAGGAAUAUCGGGAGGACUUUGUACUGAGUAUCACGGGCAAGAGACCGGCCAUGUGUGUUUUGAGCAAUCCUGAUCAGAAGGGCAAAAUGCGUCGGAUCGAUUGCCUUCGUCAGGCGGACAAGGUAUGGAGGCUGGAUCUGGUCAUGGUGAUCCUUUUCAAGGCGAUUCCACUGGAAUCGACGGACGGAGAAAGACUAGAGAAGACCGCGGAAUGCGCGCAGCCAGGCCUCUGCGUCAAUCCUUAUCACAUCAACGUUUCCGUCCGGGAACUGGAUCUCUAUCUCGCUAAUUUUAUCACGAGUCACGAGGUCCUGAAUGGCAUCUGCAACGCUAGCAAGGAAGAGGACAGGCGUCGAAAAGGUACAGGAUACCACGAACUAUAUAACGGUGUUGUCUGCAAUGACACUAUCCUUGCUACGGGUGUCUUCAGCUCCAAAGAGCUCUGGAUGCUUUCAAAAGCGUCCAUACUGCAUGACCUCAGCGACAUGCAGCCUCAAAUAAACGCGAUCAAAAUAGAGCACCCGCCGUACUACUGCAGCAGCUACACCCCUCCAUCCGCAGCCACGACCGCGGAUCACGUUCAGCCGGCGGCUAGCUUCAGUCCACCACCGGUUCAUCAAUUAUUAAGAAAUGACAAGACUGAAAAGCCGCCAACAGUUUCGGUUUCGAGCGCGCCAACCUUUUCAUCAGUUCUUAGGCCAGAGGAUGGACAUCGUGGAAUAGACUCUCCUCAUUCGCAAACAGGGUUGCAUUCGCCUCACGAAGGAUUAACCGGUGCCGCUGGUCAAGGCAUGUCUGGACUCGCUUACUAUCAGCCGGAGCAUCCCGGAUCUGCAGGAGUAGUAAAAUAUCCCGAAAAUGGUCACGACACUCUUUCGGAUUUCGUGACGUUUGUCUGUCAAGAAGCUGAGAACACUCAACAGCUACCGCAGACGCAGCUGACCGGGUCACGUACUGGUAUACAGAAGUUCUCGCAGUAUUAUCCGAGUUCGAUGUUACCGCCGCCGCCUCCCGCUCCUAUGGCUAGACCGGUGGCGAUAAUAAGAUCGACGGGUGAGCUAACGGCGUCAACUGCCAGCUCACCACCAACGUCCUCCACAUCGCCUACUGAUCCAGCCGAGCUAGGUUCUAAUCAGGAACAGAUGACCGCCGCGGCGGCGGUCGGUUUGGUCAGUUCCGCUUGCCAGAAUUCUGUCGAACCUACCGGACGGAAGAGUCCCACCAGAAUUCUCGUUACUCCGCACACCAGUAGAGAAUAUACAUUCGCUCACUUUCACUCGCAACCCGGACAGCAAAUUUUCACGUAUCCGACCAUUGGCUCGAUGUCCGGAGUAAUUUCGCCGACUAACUUGUCUCUAUUUUCAUCCCCUGUCUCGGUUACGAGGCCUGUUACCGCUCAGAGGCCAGUCUCUAAUGUUCCGCCACGUUGGAACACCGCGCCGUUUAUCAAUCUGGAAGACGAUUACAACAUGAUCGGGCCCAUCAUCGCUGGAACUACCAGCGAGCCCUCGGCUACCAUGGAGGAAGGUGAAGCUGAACGUCUUGUUUGCCCUUACCGAUUGUACCAAUUGAGCGGCGAGAUCGUGUGUGAACGAUACUACCACCCGGUGCAUACGAGUGGUGUAGAUAAAAAUGGCAAUGGUAAUCUAAUAGGCAACGAACUCGGAGUAAACACAGAUCCUACAUCGCAUCAUCAUCAACAACAUCAACAACAACAACAGCACCAACAGCAACAGCAGCAGCAGCAACAACAACAACAGCAACAGCAGCAGCAGCAACACCAGCAGCAGCAGCAGCAACAGCAGCAGCAGCAGCAGCAGCAGCAGCAACAGCCACAGUCGCAACAGCAGCAACAACCGUCUUCGCAACAGCAGCAGCAGCAAGUAAUGCCAGAUAAAUCUGGCGGACCUAAAUCUCCUCCGUGACAGUGGAGUCUGAGAACGGAAGAUCUCGAGAGACUCGCGAACUCGCCGUGUUCGUCGGGUUCGGCACUUCGCGUUAUACCUGAAGCGAGUAAUCGUCGGGAAGCUAUGCCUCGUAUACAGUUACGUGAUUUAAACUUGCGGAGAAUGGAAUAUCUGAGAGUUCGAUCUUAGUUUACUAUGAAGCGAGAAUAAGAAUGCUCUCCAGGGAAUGUAAUCGAGGAAAGAAAAAGUCUGUUUCAUUCGUAUUUAUUGAAAUGUAUCGCUCUAUAUUAUACACAGGGAGAGAGAAAAUUUCAUAUAUUAUACACGAGAAUCUAAUCUAACCAAUUAUAUAGUUCUAUAGUAUAAUUUAUCGCGAUAGAACUUGCGACGCUUGGAAUAGCCAUAAGAUAACGUCGCCGUGCAUGCCUUAUCGUGCUCGAUAAAAGAAAAUUUUCUACUUACGAUACCGUACGUAACGAAACGGAACAAUGUUCAAAAUAUAUAAUGUAACGUAUUUAGACGAAACGUCACAAUUCCAGCAAAAAUUGAUACGUAUAGUCUCACGCGCUACAAGUUCCGUCAUGUGAUUAAUAUGUGAUAGCAUUUGAUUUCUCUGUUGUCAAUUACGUAAAUGGUAUUUUUAUUACACGAGCUCUCGCGAAAUGCGAUUCACAGUUUACGAUUAACGUCUAGACUAGUUUCCUCUCAUUCUGUUCCUUUAUCCCCUCUUCCUAUCCUACUUUUUCUCACGCCUCAAUUCUCUCUCUCUCUCUCUCUCUCUCUUUCUUUCUCCCCCCUUUCUCCCCUACGCCCCUCCCCUUUCUCCCCCUCCGUCCCCCUUCUGUCUAUCUCUCCUUUACCCUCUCUCCUCUCUUCCCCUUGCCCAUCCC